UUUGAUUUUGUCGUAUCUUGAUUCAGUCUGUAUUUUAUGGUGGAGUCGAAAGGUUAGAGGUAACGGUCUGUCGUCCUGGGUUUACCACCGAGUUAUACUUAUCCAAAACAGAUGAAUCUAGUAUCAUAGCGACCGGGUUCGAAAGGCACAUACGACGUGGAAAAUACAUGCAACAAAGGUGGAAUAUAUGAAGGAAGAGGUGGAGGGUUCCCCUGAAGAUGAUGAGGCGACUGAACCGGAAGAAGGCCCUCCAUUUGGUUCAAGAGCUGGAUGCUUUCCCUAAAGUUCCUGAAAGCUAUGUGGAGACAACAGCAAGUGGAGGAACAGUUUCAUUAAUCGCUUUUACAACCAUGGCUGUGUUAGCCAUUCUGGAGUUCUUUGUGUAUCAGCAUACCUGGAUGAAAUAUGAAUAUGAAGUUGACAAAGAUUUUUCCAGUAAAUUAAGAUUAAAUAUAGAUGUCACCGUUGCUAUGAGAUGCCAAUAUAUUGGUGCAGAUGUUUUAGAUUUAGCAGAAACAAUGGUAGCAGCAUCAGAUGGUCUAACAUAUGAACCAGUUCAUUUUGACCUAUCGCCUCUGCAAAGAAUUUGGCAAAGAACACUGCUACACAUUCAGAGUCGACUGCAAGAAGAGCAUUCGCUUCAAGAUGUUUUAUUUAAAAGUGUUUUUAAAGGAGCUCCAACAUCCUUGCCUCCAAGGGAAGAUAAUCCUUCACAGCCCCCCAAUGCUUGCAGGAUACAUGGACACCUGUAUGUCAACAAAGUUGCAGGGAAUUUUCACAUAACAGUGGGCAAGGCAAUUCCUCACCCGCGAGGCCAUGCUCAUUUAGCGGCUCUUAUUAGCCAUGAUACUUACAACUUCUCACAUCGAGUAGAUCACUUGUCUUUCGGGGAGGAAAUUCCAGGAAUUAUUAAUCCUUUGGAUGGAACAGAAAAAAUCUCAGUAGAACAUAAUCACAUGUUCCAGUACUUCAUCACAAUUGUGCCGACGAAGCUAAAAACAUACAAGAUCUCCGCAGAUACUCACCAGUUUUCAGUCACAGAACAGGAACGUGUAAUAAACCAUGCAACAGGCAGUCAUGGUGUAUCAGGGAUAUUCAUGAAAUACGACAUUAGCUCACUCAUGGUGACAGUGACAGAACAGCACAUGCCGUUCUGGCAGUUCCUCGUCCGCCUCUGUGGCAUUAUUGGAGGGAUCUUCUCAACAACAGGAAUGGUACAUGGACUUGUUGGCUUCUUAGUGGACAUCGUCUGCUGUCGUUUUAAGCUAGGUACUUACAAGCCUAAAGAUGUCAGUCUCCUGGAUGGGCAUGUCAAUAACCACACGCCUCUGAUAACAGAAAACAACAAGCACUAGCUUAUGAACCAUCAUUCCCUUCCAUCUUGUCGGAAAUUUCUUCACAUUUUUAUAUGCAAUGCAAUGGUUUCACAAGACCCUGGUGGGCUACAAAGAAAUACAACUUUUGAAAAAGAAAACAUUUGGAUACUUUUUUGUAGAUUGAAAAUUUCUAAUGAUCUUUAAUUUGGGGCGGGGGUGGAACCACCACUGAAAAAAUAACUGAUUAUGUCAUACUAUUGCUAGACAGAUUUCAUUUAAUGUCGUAUUUCAGUAGAAUUUUUUAGAUGUAUGGAUGUAUCUUUAACAGAAUAGGGAAUCUUCCAUCUUGUUUUUCACCCAAGAUAAAGCAUAUCAUAUUGUCCAUGUUCAUAAUAAUGUAUUUAAUAAGCAGUUGGAUGUAUCACCACAAGCUGUAGAUACAAAGGUCUAUUAUCCACAAGGCAGCCUGUUGAUAUAAAACGGAUUUUAAUGGUAACAUACCGAAAUGUACAUAUGCAAGGUUACAAAGAAUAGUCUGAAAAAUGAUGGCUGCAUCUUUACCUUUUAAAAAAGAACAGUAUUGUCAAGUCUUAUCAGUUUGACUUGCCAAGUGUAAUACAGGUUGAACAGAACAGUCCUUGAAAGUAAGUCUCAAAAUCUCCUAAGUAGUUGUCUCUGCUGUAGUGAUAUGUCAUGACUUAAAAGAGAAUUUUCACAAAAGUUAUACCAACAUCACAUAAGAGGUGCCAGAACACAAGUGAUCUAAACCUGAACCUAAGGACCUGGAGGACAAACCGCUUGACUUCUGAAAAACAAUGUCCUUGUACAGCAUGGCAGCCUUCAGCAUGAUCUUGAGCAGUUCAUUCCACCUCCUUGGGCCUAUCUGCCCCACUGUAGAACCAGGAACAAAGAACAAAGUGCAUCAUUUUCAAGUUUCAGGAUGAAUCAUUUCUCAAAAUAAAACACAUACACAAAACUUUAGAAAGAAAGUGAUGGUGAGGAGUUUGCAAUGCGCAGUGGUGAUUCUUGUGUCUGUUUCACUUGCAUCUUGUCCAGGAUUUUAAAUGACCCUCCAGGUAGGAAACCUUUUCCACACCUGGUUUUGACUUCAUUGGAUUCUUUUGUACUGGUUCUUUUGAAAGCCUGUUGCCCUUGUCCAUGUUUUAUGUACCCAUUGGUGCUUACAAAAACAAAAGCCCCCUAGAAUUAAUUCUUGUGUACUGGGUCACUAUUAAAAUUAAUGUUGCUGUUUUACCAAGGAAAAUAUUGCCCAAUAUUUGUUUUCUUACCUGUUUUUCAUAAACAUGCGUAUAGCGUUUUCCUUAUAGAACUGGGCUCUUGUACGCAAAAGUGAAUACAUUCUUUUAAGUUGGUUUAUAUUAAAAAUACAUGUCUCUGUGUGUGUGUGUUCUAUUAUUAUUUUUAAUUUAUUAUUAUUUUCCUAUGCAGAGCCUAAAUUAGGAACAAAAAAGGGACAGUGCUGUUCAGGUUUUAGCUUGUACAAUUCUCAGUGUGUAGUAGUGAAUCUCUUGUUCGAUACAUUAUUAAAUGGAAAAAACUUUGGAACAGUAAAAUUGACACUGGAAAAAAAAUGAUAUCCUGACGAUA